AUGGAGGAAACACCGCUUCCUCCCGAUCCGGAUCCAGGUAUGAAUCCGGUAUGUACUUUUUCAUCUUCUAUUGUUUCUUCUAUUGAUUCUGUUGUUACUUGUCAAAGUCGCGUGGCGGCUGAAACGACGAUUAUUUCUUGUGCUCCAUCUGAUGCUCCUCAGUCCUCUCAGUACGUAAGCAUCACUGUUUCUGCUGAUUCCACCGCGUCCGCGCAGCUGAAAAGCUCACCAGUAUCUGUUUCAGAGGAUGUCACGAUGCAUGACGUAACUGAAUCUCCUGGCGCAUCUUCGAUGAUCUCUCGACGCUCUUCUUCACCAUCCGUGGCGUCCUCCAAUCUUGACUCCAUGCGUAGUAUGACGGCAUCAAUGUCCAAGUUGUCGAUGAUACAGCCGAAAGAAAUUGAGCCCGCUGUUGGAUCCCCGCAGACCCCUCCAGCCACGGUGAAGCGAGCCGCUCCGGCCAGUCACCAGUCACCCCCCGGCGAUCUCCCGACCCGGGGCACGCAAGGCGCGCCCCAACAUUCCCGCGGUUCUCGAGUCUCUUCGCGAGGUCGUGGCCCAUUUACCAUGAAAAUGGUCUCCUCAUCGUCCACCGCCGGCACCAGCAGUCCGCCAUCGUCCUCUUCGCGAGGUGCUCCCUCGCGAGGUGCUUCUUCGCGAAAUACUUCUUCGCGGGGCGCUUCUCUCCGUGGACGAGGAGCCAAGCGAGCCCGCCAGUAUCCCCCAGGACCCCUUCCCCAAUUGGAAGCUGCCUCAAGUAACACCUCCUGA